AGGAGACUUGGAAUUGGAGAGGGAGCCGCCGCUGCGCCGCGUUUGUGGCCCGGCGCACCAUCUCAUUCCGCCGAGGGCUGCCUCCCCCUCAAAUUGGAACCAGUGCGUUGCCAGUAAACGGAGACACGCACCCAAACUCCAAUGGAUGCAUUCGCUACGCUGGGGCCCGCCGAGGACCGGCCGCUCCCGCCGCCGCCGGUUGCGGGCGGGAUGACGAUGCAGCCGGCGGUGCCCGACCCGAUGUCCGGGGCGAGCUUGUUCCCGCCGGCGACGGCGAUGCCGGCGCCGACCGCACCCGAGCCACCGAUGCCGGCGAUGCCGGCGAUGCCGGCCGCACCACAGUCCGGCGCGAGCCUCUUCCCCGCGGCGCCGCCCAUGCCGACGUCGGCGCCGGUGCCGCCCGUGCCGCCGAUCCCCGCGGCGGCGGCGGCCGGCACCGGAGGGGCCGCGCCGGCGCUGCUCAGCCCCACGGGCACGGCCAUUUUCGGCGCCGUCGCCGAGCCGACGGCGCCCCAGUCGAACACGCCCGAGUUCAACAACGUCCAGCUCUGGAAGGACGGCUUUCACCAGGGCAUGGCUCCGGACACGGCGCUGCCGCCGGGCGCGCGCGCGAUGCCGGGCAUGGCCGCGAUGCCGCCCGCGACGCCCGCGGCGAAUCCGUCGCCGAAGCUCAUGGUCACGCCGACGCCGCUCAAGGUGGCGAACAUGCUCGCGGCGCCGCUGGACCUCGCGCAACCGCCGGCGCCCGCGCCCGCGCAGCCCCAGGCGCCGAACUCGUUCUCGGCCCCCUUGGUGCCCCAAGGGCCGCCGGCGCCGGGAAUCGACUCGUUCGCGGCGCCGGCGGCCGCGUUCGCGGCGCCGCCGCCGCCGCCGCGCGCGCCCGAGGUCGCGCCGGACGCCUUCCCGCCGCGCGCGCCCGUGGCGGCGGUGACGGGCGGCGCGGCCCUCUUCGGCGCGCCGCCGCCGACGGGCGCGGCGCUCUUCGGCGCGGCGUCGCCGAGCGACGCCGACAGCGACGCGGCGAGCGCCUUCGGCACGCCGGCCAAGCCCGUCGUGCUCGGCGGCGGCGGGUCGCCGUCGCCGCCGCCGACGUCGCGCAGCGGCUCGUUCUCGCCGCGCGGCGCGGGCAAGCACUUCCGCGAGUUCACGCCGCCGCCGCCGGCCCCCGAGGAGGCCUUCGGCGCGCCGCCGCCCGUCUCCGUCGGGGGGUCCGCUGCCGCCGCUGCGGCUGCUGCGUUCUCCGCGCCCGCGGCGCCGGCAGAUCCAUUUUCUGCGCCGCCACCUGUCAACCAGGUGCCGAGCGACCCGUUCGGCGCGCCCGCGGCGCCGAGCAAUUCAUUUUCCGCGCCCGCGGCGCCGGCCGAUCCCUUUUCUGCGCCGCCGUCACCUGUCAACCAGGCGCCAAGCGACCCUUUCGGCGCCCCGGCGGCGCCGGCAGAUCCCUUUUCUGCGCCGCCGCCACCUGUCAACCAGGCGCCUGCCUGGGGCUUCGAGGCGCGCCUGCGAGAAAUCUUUGAUAGAGUAGAUACGAGUGGCGACGGCGAUAUCUCCGUCGUGGAAGCAGUCAAAGCGCUGAGGAAGGACGAUGACUUCGCCAAGGUGCUCGGCUUCGACAAAGCUACCAGAGUAAGACAGGAGGACGGUACCAGAGAUCAGUUGAUCCUCGCGCUCGGCGCGCUUGAUGCCGACGGCGACAAGAAGGUGAGCUGGGCGGAAUUUAGGAGGGUCGCCACUUGUUAUAUUCCGUUCGGCGCGCCGGCAGCGACCGAUCCGUUUUCAGCGCCGUCGGCCCCUGUCGGCCAGCCGAGCGACCCCUUCGGCGCGCCGCAGCCGCCACCGCGCGCACCACAACCGCCACAGGACGCCUUCGCGGCGCCAGCGCCGCCGAGCGCCGACCCGUUCCACGCGGCGCCGGCGGCGCCCGAUGUGUAUCAUGGUGGCUGGGGCGGUCAGCAGCCGCCUCCGUCGAACGUUUUCGCGGCGACGGAGCCGGUUUUUGAGUCGCCCGCACCGAAGGCCGCCGCGCCGCGGAACACGGCGUCGCCCGACUUGUUCGGCGACUCCGUCGCGCCGUCGACCGUGUCGAGUGGCGAGAAGAAGAAGGCCGCGAAGAACUUUGAUUUCGGCCUGCACUCGGAACUUGUGUCGUUAGAUCUGAACGCGAACGGUGCCCCACCAAAAGCCAAGAGCGCCAUCAAACAAAAACCUGCCGUCGCCAUGAACAAGAUGGCGACGACGGAACGGCGGUCGUCGAUGCUGAGCACGCAGCCCAUGGGCGCGCCCCCGGCGAUGGGCAUGGGCGCGCCCCAGGCGAUGGGCAUGCCGCAGCCGAUGGGCAUCCAGGCCCACCCCGCGUUCGCGCGCUACACAGCCGAACAACAACAGUGGUUGCUGGCUCAAACCCCACAAGUCCAGGCACAGUACCUCCAGUAA